AUGCAGUUCUUCCUUGCCCUCGCUGUUCUCACGCUUGGAGUGGCAGCCCAGUCCACGUCAAAAGCUGUCAGCACGGAUGGGUGCCUGGCUGACUACAUUCUCGAAAGAUGCCUCGAGACCGAGGCCCCCAAAGCCGAGAACUGCGCCAGCACCGACCUGGAGUGCCUCUGCUACGCCUACCAGGCCAUUGCGACCUGCUACAACAACUGUCCCGAUGACACUCGUGCUGCCCCUGCGAUGAAUCAGGUGACGGCAUACUGCGCGCAGGUCACCUUGACCACCGCCACCCCUGCCAGCACCGUGGCCCGCCAGACCACUACCGAGGAAGCGAUCAUGACCCAGACUGAGAGCCGCUACACAAACACUGCGACCUUUGACAUGGAUAUCCCUGGGGAGACUGGCAACGCGGCGGCUGAUGUCGCUAUUUGGAAGGCAGGAAGCGUUCUUGUUGCACUGGCUGGUGCUGCUGCCGUGGCCAUCUAA